UACAUUUAUUUUUUGUUUACUUACAUGUUAAUGGCAAUUUAUAAUUAAUUAUAAGAAAUCUCUGCCUUACAUAAUAUUCUGUUAAAAUCCUCUUUAAAAAUUGCGUGUUUGUUGAAUAAAAGAGCAACGAUCUCCAAUAUUUACAUUAUUCCUAUCAAACAGUGAAACAUCAGAUCGAACUUAUUUUUAAUCGAUGAAAAAUUGCAAUUAAAAAUUUCAUGUCGCAAAUUAUUUCAUCCAGACACGAUUUCCUCUCACUAUUAAACUUUUUAUGAAACCUGAAUUUUAGACCCUCGAUCAUUUUGUUUUGAACCAACAAAUAAAUCUUUAUAUAUAUCAGUGUGAGUUCUUUGAAGAAAAUGAUUUACAAGAUAUUCGCAGGACUGGCCGCGCAUUCCGGUCAAAUUUCCGUGGGUCUCGGACAGGGAUUCAGCGCCAUUUUGAUCCCGCAGCUGCUGCAAAGCAACUUCGCCGAUUCGUCCCAAACCUCUUGGAUAGCGUCCUUGGGUGUCGUAUCCAAUCCCUUGGGAUCUUUGAUCGCUGGACUGUGCGCGGAAUGGUUUGGAAGAAGGUCAGCUAUCGCUCUGGCCAGCUUGCCGCAUGCUGCUGGUUGGUUGUUGAUAGCGUUAUCAAAAAACGUGCCGAUGCUGUACGCAGGUAGAUUCAUCAGCGGAAUCGGCAUGGGCAUGGCGAACGGCCUCUACCUUUACGUCAGCGAGGCUGCAGCACCGAAUCAGAGGGCUUGGCUAGGAAGCUGCGGCCCUGUGUUAGUGUCACUCGGUGUCCUAAUGAUCUACACACUAGGUGCAUUCACGACGUGGCAGAGAGCCGCGGCGAUUAGCAUCGGACCCGCGAUCCUCUCCUUGGCACUGACACGGAUGAUUCCCGAGACCCCAGGUUGGCUGGUGGCCCGAGGACGAAGCGAGGAAGCGAAAGAGUCGUUGCUGUGGUUGCGGGGCCCCGGUUCGAGUACCGACAGAGAGUAUCAAGACUUGUGCGAGAUAAACCUGAAGAGAGAAGAGAAGAAGGACAACCUUGUAAAAGCUCUUCACAUGCCAAGCGUAUGGAAGCCCUUUCUUAUACUCGUCGCCUUCUUCGCGUUGCAACAAAUGUCCGGGAUCUACAUAAUCCUAUUCUACGCUGUGAGCGUUCUCGAAGACAUCGACGUGGACAUAGACCUGAACGAGUACUCUGCGAGCGUUGGCAUCGGUGUGAUCAGAUUGUUUGCGUCGAUCGUUGGCGCUGGUCUCGCGAACAGCUUUGGCAGAAAAGUGCUGGCCUUUGCCAGUGGUCUAGGAAUGGCGAUCUCCGCUAUGGGCGUUGCUGUAGCCUUCAGAUUCAAGCUACCAUCGAUAAUGUCUCUGAUAUGCAUCGGAGGUCACGUAGGAUCGUCGAUGAUAGGGUUCCUCACUUUGCCCUGGGUGAUGACCUCGGAGCUGUAUCCACUGAGGUUCCGAGGACCCCUGGGAGGUAUCACCACUAGCCUAGUGCAAAUGUUAACGUUCGCGACUAUUAAACUGUAUCCAGAUCUGCGUUCACUGGUUGGCAUGGAGUCCACGAUGUGGAUGUUCGGUGGUGUCAGCCUUUUAGGAGCUUUGUUCGCUAUAACAAUUCUACCGGAGACUAGAGGUCGAAGCCUGGACCAGAUAGAAAGUGGAUUCUCCAGCAAGCCAGCGUGGAAUAGUGCCAUGCAGACCUUGCCAACCGUGUGUGCUCAACCAAGAAACAUUACGCUUCAGAAGUUCUCUUCUAUCUCCGAAGAGAAGCACCAUAACAUGCUGGCGAAUACAUAUGUUUACGAUAACUUCUGUUUGGACUUGUCUCAUGACGAUAGUGUGGAUGCUAAAAAGGAUCCUGCGAAAGGCUCGGACACCAAGAGCGACGUUAUACACACCAUCUCCUUGGAACACGUUUACCUCUGAUGAACCAAAGGAUUCCAGAAGCAUUCGUUUUCGUGAAUCUAAACCAAAGUUGGAACACCUCUGUAGAGUAACUCAUUGGCUGUACAUCUAAUUAUCAGUUGUUUCAUUGGUAGCUCUUUUUUUUAUCUGAUUUAGCAUCGAUAUUUAUCUUUAGAUAGGAUCAUAGGUUGCCUUUAAAACACAUUAACGCUAGCUAUGCAGGAGAUUUCUCAACAGAAAUUUUCUGGAUUUAGAAGGAUUAAAGAGAAAUGAAUUUGGAUAUACGCUUGGACCUUUGUAUAUGAAUAAAAGUCAGCGUAAGUGAUUAGUGAAAAGUAUAAACUGUUUCUAGAAAAGAGUGCUCCGUAAACCUAGCGUUAAAGAGAUUAUGAUAUAUGGAUACUAUGACAUAGAAGGUCGCAACUUUAAAAAGGACAAAAAUGUUCAGUUUACUCUGAAGGAAAGUGACUUUUGAGAUUCUCAUGAAACUUUUUUUUAAUGUCUACUGGAGCAAAAGAGACAAUCAGGUGUUCUGCUUCCGGUAGAGGCCAUUUUAUGUACAAUUGUUGAUUACUUUGACUGUAGUUACCGAAACUUUCGGGAAGAUGAACACUUUGGGAUGUUGUUCUCGAGGUGUUCUCGUCAUUGUGAUAUUCUAAUACUGACGACGCGAAGUAUUUAUCGAAUAACCGAUACUUGAAAUUUGCCAAACGACUCACGGUCAGUAUUAAGAUCAUUCCUACGCCUUUUUUUUAAAUGUGUUCGUUGUAAGCCGUCAGACGAGUUGUCGAGGUUCGCACGAUUCUUCUAAGGCUUUAGCCAACGAUCGCUUGUUCGUUUUUACGAUGAAUGUGUUGGCACUUUAUCUACUGAUCUAUUUAGAAAGAGUCCACACCUUAGCCUAAGAUUUUCUACGGUUGCAUACAGUGUUUCAUUUUAACUUGAACUCCGUAAUAACUCAAUAACAUGGGGUUUUAACAAAAAAAUUAAGUUAUCAAUUCCAUUAUAUGAUAAAUGGCGCCCUUUCGAUAUUUCUUCAUGGCUGCCACUUUUUUUAAAUGUAAGUCAAUUUUGUGUCCUAACGAAAAUUGUAGCUGGUAUUGAGACGAAAACACCGGUUGUUGUUUCUUGUUUCAUUUGAAUCAGUUUUGACCGAGUUACAGCGUUUUAAAGUUUGUUGUUUUCCAAAUUCGUCUCAAUACCAGUUACAAUUUUCAUUAAAACAAACAAAUCUUUAUAUUAAUUAAUAACUCCUCUUCUCAACUCCCCCUCGCAACAAUAAAACAUAUGUCUGAAACAUUUUUUUGCUAAAAGCCCAUGUUUUC